AAUAAUAAUAAAAAUAACAACUAUAGACAGUUACUAUAUAUAUAGUAUAUAUAGGCCUAUAUGCUGAUUGAUCAAAUUUCGUUUUGAGAUCUCUAGACCAGAACAUAACAUGCCCCAGAGCAGGUUGGCAUUGGAGUGAAAGUUACUAUGGCAAUAUAUAGUAUAUAUGUAUAUUUCUAAGCAAGAACAGUCAGUUUCUACAGAGAAUAAGUGAAUUGAUGCUGUUUAAACAAAAAAAUAAAACUACAAAAUGAAGGUAUUUGGUACAUAUUUGAAACACUGCAUUGAUAGUGGGAUGGUGUUGAUAUACCACUAGGGGUGGUGUGGUAAAGUGAAUAAAGAUCUGGGAUGUAGUUUUAAACCCCAAAAAGGAGUUUCAUUUAAAUAUCAUAGAUGUGUCAAUGAGCUAGACACUAAAGAUAAAGUUGUUUCAAGGGGACUGUUCUUAUAAAAGUUCCUUGUAAGUUACUUUGAAUGAAAUCAUCACUAUGAAAUCAUCACUAUGAAAACAUCAUCUAUUUUUUUUUUUUUUUUUUUAAGUCUGCAGAUAUACUCUCUUAAUCAAACACUUUCUGAUGCAAAAUCCGAGUUUUUUUAGCUUAGCUGUGUAUUGCUGUUUUCAGAAGAGAGAUGUUUGAAAAAUUGUGAAGUCUUAUGAAAAUGAAAAACCUUGCAUGAAAUCAUGACAUCAAAUAUUCUGUUUAGUUGCACAAAUUACAUUUAAAAUUGGCUUCUUGACUUAUUACUACUUCUGAAUUUCAGAGGUAAUUCUAUCAGGUCAUGUAAACAUUAAUAAUGAUAAUUUACAUCAUAUAAGACACAUAAUGUCAACUUACAGGUUUUGAGUGAAUAAAUAAUUAAUCCUUUGUUUGGUCCUUUAGAAAAAUAGUGCAAUAAUUGACAGGUCAUGGCUGAUCUUCUAUCAGUGAGCUUAUGCUGCUGUUUCUUAGCUGUGUUGAUGAGAAGUUAAUAGAAGUGAAUGUCCAUACAGCUGAGAUGAUGCAGUAAGGAAAUUAAAGUGUGCUUAUCUCCUUUGCCAGCUUCAAGCUGCUUACAGUGUAUGAAAUGGUUAGGAAACUUCAUGUGCUGAUGACUUUUGAUCAGUUCUGUGACACAUGACACUUGUCUACUGCAGUAGAAUUUUGUUUUGUAUCUGAAUAUUCUAAAUGAAUACAGACUCAGUUUUCUGCAAUGACAAUGCAAUUUUCUUUUAAUUUGCUCAAAAUAGGGCUGGUUCUAGAAAUUUGUGUAAACAGUUUUUUUUUUUUUACCCUAAGACUUUCAUUGUUGUACCACAUAUUAUUUUUUUUUUUAUUUUUGUAAUUUUUUUCUUUAGAUAAUUUCUCAAGGACCCUGCAUUCUUCAUGGCGUUCCACUAAUUUUGUCAGAAAAAUUGUGUACCUGCUUGCAUUCGCCAUGUAGAACAUAGUCAGUUUGUAGAUGCUAACUAAGGCUAAGUUCAUACUAUAAGACUUUAAACGUCGGCAGAUGGCUGUGUUGUUCAGACUACAUGACUUGAUUGUCUAUCUUGAAGUUGAUGUGGUGUUCACACUACGUGACACUACGUAAAUAAUCCGCAACAGGGGGUGACAAACUACACGUGCUGACAACAAUUCUUGCCUUCUACAAAUACCCACACUUGUGGUAUUUUCACUUGACCUCUUGACAACUUGACGUAUUUCCUGUAUUUGGUCCAAGUGAUAAAGUAAGCGAUGAAUACCACAAGUGUGUGUUGAACUUUUCAUUACCUGAUGGGAUACACUUACAGUGUUGUAAAAAUGCAAGUGUUUACAUUGCUUUAUAUUCAUUUUAAUUUUAAAUACUUUCCAUUUAAAAACAAACUUCUAAAUGCAUGUUCAGUAGUACCUAUAACUACUGACAUCAUUUAAUUUGUGGUGCUUCAAAUUAAGUGAUAAAAAGCAGUUGCAAAUAUUGUAAAAAUAAAUAUCACCACUGCUCAACUCAUCUUUGCAUAGAUAGAACAUAAAAGCACUGUUUUUUCUUCUAUCAAAAUAUAUGUGAUUUCUAAUGAUUUUAUUGAUAUUUACCUUACAUUGGAAAUUUUUCUAUGACGUCUCCCGAGAUCUCUGCAAAAAAGUCUCACAAUUUAUUUCCAGAACAUGAUGCAUGAUGGGAUACUCUAAGGCUCGAAGGCUUACCUCAAUCCAUGCCUUGCUCUCUCAUUGGCUGUAGCUUGUCGAGACACCUGCCACCGCGUGAUGUUGAGUCGGCUGACCGGUCCAGAUAUUUAGCAUGCUAGAUAUUUGUUUAGCUUCUGUGAGUCAGCUAGCCUCUUUAAUGCGUUGUUGAGUAGUUCACACAUAAAGAUUUGCAGGCGCUGAUCACCCGCUGAUUUUCCCCCAAUCAAAGCCCAACCUGUCGGCGAGAUUGUUAACUUGUUUUUUGUAAGUUUUUAAUAAGAUACUACAAAUAACUGUGCAAUAAAAUGUGAAGUGUUGCACAUUUUUAAUUGGUGCGGAGAUGAUUGUGUAUUUUGUUCUAAAAUGUUUGCAACUGCUUUUUAGCACUUAAUUAGAAGCAUCGUAAUUACUAAAUUGCAUUGUCUGUUACAUGGAUUAUCUUAGAGCAAAAUAUUGAAAAUUAAAAUAUGUAAAAAAUAAUGUGAUGCAAGUAUACAAGGGCAAGUGCAAAGACCAAAUGUGUGGGUACUGAGACAAGUCAACACAAACCAUGGUCAUUUGCUCUGCUGGUGAAUACUGUAACAACACCCUUUGAUUCUAAAAAGUAUUUUUCUAUUGACUGACCAACAUACAGUAUAUUGCUAAUAUUUCAUAAGAUAUUUCAACAGUGCUUCAACAAAUUCUGCCAGAACUAGCAUUUCCAGCCCCCAACCCCCCUUUUUUUGUAGACCUUCUUGACACGUUGACUGGUGACAGAACUAACUAACUAGUCGACAGUGUUGAGAGCCCAUGAUGUAUUUCUCUUCUUCUUUUUCUUACCCUCUCUUUAGCAUAGGCAAUACCUUAUUUCUUUCUCUUCUUUUUAUGCUAUUCAUGCUGUGUUCUCUAUGUCUGUCUUUCUCUCUCUCCCUCCUUUGGAUUUCGAAUCAUGAUCGCCUCUGCUGCAAAGAAAACUCCACCUACUCAGAGCUGCUAAUGUAGUCACUGACAGUGCAAGCUCUCUCCUGCGUGCUCUCUCUCUCUCUCUCUCUCUCUCUCUCUCUCUCUCUCUCUUUCUCUCCACUCCUUUCCCACAUAAAUAAAUAGCGUCAGAAGGAUGUGGGAGAAGAAAGAUGUUGCCGCCACUGGAAAAAGAAUAAUGUUGAGGAAGCUCACCCCUGUUUAUCUUAAACGCAUUCUUCUAGUCUGGGGAUUACAGGCACAUUCCCUCUGGAUUUCUUGCCCACUGAAGGAUGCUCUGUUCUGAUUGUGCACCUUCCGUACUAAAAGCGAGGACUAUUGGAGUUUUCUCACUGUUUCUACCUACCUGUCGGAGAACCACUGAUCUAGCCAGCCCAAGGAGCCCAUGGAGUCCAUCCCUGUGGUAGAUGGUCCACUUCAAAUUUAUGCUUGGCAAUAGAAAAAGAGGCAAAGAGAUUAGAAACACUGGCAACCGAUCAGCUCCAUGGUUUUCUGCUCCAUUUUAUCAAGGCUGUGAUUUUUGGCAUCUGAUUAAGAGAUGACCCAGGAACAGUGCCCUCAUAGAAACAAUGUCCAGAGUACUGAAAAACCACAAGUGUAUAAAGUGGGGAUCUAUGGUUGGCGGAAACGUUGCCUUUACUUCUUUGUCCUACUCCUCAUGAUCCUCAUAGUGGUCAACCUUGCUCUAACCAUCUGGAUCCUCAAAGUUAUGAACUUCACUAUAGACGGCAUGGGUCACCUGCGUAUCACAGAAAGAGGCCUGAAACUGGAGGGUGAUUCGGAAUUCCUUCAGCCACUAUAUGCCAAAGAAAUCCAGUCCAGACCAGGAAGCCCAUUGUUCCUUCAGUCAUCUAAGAAUGUGUCUGUCAACAUCCUCAAUGAGAAGAAGCAAGUAGUAUCUCAACUCACUGCAGGUUCCCAUGGAGUUCACGCAAGAGGCAAAAUGUUGGAAGUAAAAUCAAGUGCAGGAAAGCUGCUUUUCUCUGCUGAUGACCAUGAGGUGGUAGUUGGCGCAGAAAGAUUACGAGUUAUGGGAGCUGAGGGUGCAGUGUUCAGCAACUCGGUGGAGACCCCACAUGUGAGAGCUGAGCCCUUCAAAGAGUUACGGCUAGAGUCGCCUACACGUUCGCUAUACAUGGAGGCACCUAAAGGAGUGAAAAUAGAAGCUGAGGCAGGAGAUUUCCAAGCAACUUGUAGGAGCGAUUUACGCCUGGAGUCAAAAGAUGGAGAGAUCAGCUUGGAUGCCCGGAAAAUCAAGCUCCUACGCCUGCCGGAGGGAAAAGCCUCCCCCUCUGGAACUAGACAGACUGUCUUUGAGGGUCAAAGCAGUGAAGCCCAAGCGAACAGUUCCUCCUCAGAAGCGGAGCCAGGGCCAUCAGAGACCUCUCCUCCCCAGUCAAAUUCUGCCAUGGCAAUGGUAUUUGCAGAUAUUUUUAAAACAGAGAAAAGAAGAACAAAGCCUUUGUCAGACAUCAUUCAUGAAGAGGUCACCUCAUACAAAGCCACAGGCUGCAUCUCUGUGGAUGAAGACCCACUCGCAUGGUGGAAGAACAAUGAGCAUAAGUAUCCUCACAUUGCUAAGUUAGCCCAAUGUAACCUUGCUGUCCAAUGUACAUCUGUGCCAAGUGAACAUGUUUUCUCAAAAAUGUUUUUUAUCCAACAUUUUGAUAGCCAGCAUUUUUGUUUUUAAUAUUUAAAUAUAUACAGGGGCGCUUUAAUCUCUAGUUUCCAAAUACUGCACUUUAGUUUCAAGUGAAAGAAUGUAUCCUCACUCUCAGGGAAUAGAAGCAUUGCUUAUACUGUUCUUGUGUUAAGAUGUUUAAACUUAUGCUUGACUUCAUGAUUGUGGCCUUUGCU